ACGCACACAAGAUGAUUCGCAACGUUCGUUUUCUGCGUUGGGCUGCUGGUAAGAGCUUGUCGGCGGGAAAAUCCACCACAACCACCGGUGCAGCGUCCCAGUGGAAUGCCGGUAUCGUUGCACAACCAUGCAGCGGUAUUGCGACAUGUGCUAUCAAGCCACUAUCAGCAAUGCCCGGUGCAACUAUUGCUCGACAAAGUGUCGUUUUCUCUAUCCCUAGCCGAAAGAUUCACACCAAAGGCGAACGGGAACUGGUCGAGUUUCUGGCAGAAGAAAUCGUGGCAGAGAAAAAGGCCAGUCCGAGUGCAACCAUUCCAACGUCCCUGAACGGAUUCGCCAUCACAUGCAACAAGGCCGAUGUGGAGCUGACGAAAUCGUCCGAACGUGAAAAGGUUGUUAUUUCAUUCAACGUUAACCAUACGGUGGACAUGGAAGGCGAAGAGACGGAAGCAACGGAAAACAAGCCGGAAUUUUCCGCCAUGAAGAGUCGUCCCCAGUUUGAGGUGGACAUUGUGCGCGGUGGCACCACACUGUCGUUCACGUGCUCGUAUCUGCCCGGUGAGGCACAGGAGGGUGAAUACAAUGAUGUGUUCGGCAUCGAUGAAGUAACUAUUUUCCAGGGUGAAUGGAACGACAAGGUGUACGCGGUGGCAGGCGAUGUUCUUGAUGGGUACCUUUACGAUCUAUUGAUGAAUUUCCUCGAGGAGAAGGGCAUCAGCAAUGAGUUUGCGGAGAAAAUGUCCGACUUUGCAAGUGCGUACGAACACGCCAAAUACGUCGAGCUGCUCGAAGCCAUCUCGAAAUUUACCGUAGAGAAGAAAUAAUUUCGCGCUCGUUUCGGGUGGGA